UCUUCCGGUGCGAGGGGACUCCGGCUUCCGGUCAUGCGCGGCGAGCGGCGCACGCGCAGGCAGCCGCUCCGUCAUUGGCGUGGAGCGGAGCAGCGGGGCCGGCGGAGAGGGCGCGAGCCGGGGGCGGGGAUCCUUUCCUGGAAGCCCGGGUGGACGCGCAGCCCUAUCUCUGCCAAAAUGACCUCCCUGGGCACGAGUAGCCAGUCGGUUACAGAGUAUGUGGUGCGAGUACCCAAAAACACACCCAAGAAGUACAACAUCAUGGCCUUCAACGCUGCCGACAAGGUCAACUUCACCACCUGGCACCAGGCAAAAAUGGAGCGAGAUCUCAGCAACAAGAAGAUCUACCAGGAAGAGGAGAUGCCAGAGUCGGGGGCUGGCAGCGAGUUCAACCGCAAGUUGCGCGAGGAGGCGCGCCGCAAGAAGUACGGCAUUGUCCUCCGGGAGUUCAAGCCCGAGGACCAGCCCUGGAUCCUCAAGGUCAACGGCAAAGCUGGGCGCAAGUUCAAAGGGGUGAAGAAGGGCGGCGUGACCGAGAACGCCUCCUACUACAUCUUCACGCAGUGCCCCGACGGCGCCUUUGAGGCCUUCCCGGUCAGCAACUGGUACAACUUCACCCCUGUGGCCAAGCAUCGCACCCUGACAGCCGAGGAGGCGGAGGAGGAGUGGGAGCGGCGGAACAAGGUGCUGAACCACUUCACCAUCAUGCAGCAGCGGCGGCUGAAGGACCAGGAUGACGAGGAGGAGGAGAAGGAGAAGAAGACCAAGAAGAAGAGCAGCGAGCUGAAGAUCCACGACCUGGAGGACGACCUGGAGAUGAGCUCAGACGAGAGCGAGCUGAGUGACGCCGACGGGGAGAAGGCAGCCAAGCCCCAGAAGAAAACCCCGCUGACCAAAAAGAAGAAGAAGAAGAAGAAGGGCUCGGAUGAUGAGGCCUUCGAGGACAGUGACGACGGAGACUUUGAGGGGCAGGAAGUAGAUUACAUGUCAGACGGGUCCAGCAGUUCGCAGGAGGAGGCAACAGUGGGGAAGCCCAAGGUGACGAAGGAAGAGGAUGGUCCCAAAGGGAUCGACGAGGCGAGCGAGAGCAGCGAGGAGAGCGAGGAGGAGAAGCCUGCCGAGGAGAAGGAGGAGGAGGAAGAAGAGAAGAAGGCCCCCACCCCUCAGGAGAAGAAGAAAAAAAAGGACAGCAGUGAUGAGUCGGAGACGUCAGAGGAGAGCGACAUCGACAGCGAAGCGUCCUCUGCACUCUUCAUGGCGAAGAGGAAAACUCCACCCAAGAAGGAGCGGAAGGGGUCGGCCAGCAGCUCCCGGGGGGACAGCCGCCCAGGGACGCCCCCCGUGGACCCAGGCAGCACAUCCUCCACACUGCGCGCUGCAGCCAGCAAGCUGGAGCAAGGGAAGCGGCAGUCGGGAUCCGGUGACCUCCCAGCGGCCAAGAGGCUGAAAUUGGACUCGGGACCCCAGACAACCUCGGGCAAGUCUACUCCCCAGCCACAGUCGGGCAAGUCCACCCCCAGCAGUGGAGACGUGCAGCUGACGGAAGAGGCCGUGCGCCGCUACCUGACCCGCAAGCCCAUGACCACCAAGGACCUGCUGAAGAAGUUCCAGACCAAGAAGACGGGGCUGAGCAGCGAGCAGACGGUGAACGUGCUAGCCCAGAUCCUCAAGCGCCUCAACCCCGAGCGCAAAAUGAUCAACGACAAGAUGCACUUCUUCCUGAAGGAGUGAGAGGUGGGGCCUGGGUAGGCCACACCCCCAUCCCCUCCCCCACUCAGGCCCAGAGGGCAAAGCUCAUCUUCCUUCCUGGGUUCAAAACCUUCCUGCUGUAAGGGCCUGGGCCCCCAUGGCAGCUGUGGGGAGACCUGGCCCAUGGGGUCCUGUUCCCCAAGGGAACUCAACCCAUACCCUCCGCAGCCCAGAUGUGGCCACUUCGUGGUGAGUAGGGACAAGGUGGGCUGGGGGAAUGUCCCUGUUACCCCCCUGCCUGCCUUGUUUCCUGAGAGAUCUCCCUCGGGCGCUCCCUGGGCCCUGCCCCCAGGGUGUCUGCACGGUGCCCUUGAGAGGGUUGAUUCUGUUUCUCCCAAGGUGGGACCAGUGGCUGUCCUGCCCCCUUGUUACAAUAAACGGGUGUCUCUUCGUUCCUCC